GUGCUGCAGAGGAAGAACCAGGGGCUGGUGGGCGCUGUCUGCCAUCAGGAAAAUGAUGCAAGGAAGAGAAGACGAGGGUGAGGUGAGGUGAGGCUGGCAGCAGGAGUGGAAAUAUUGGGUUGAAUCUCCAGCCAUGGUUCUUUUGGAUGCCUUGUCCUACUCAGCACCAGCUCUGGGACUGCAGCCAAGGUGGUGAGUCUUGUCUACCCCGAGCAUCUGCUGCGUGGCAGGAGGGAGCACCAAGUCCUGGCUGCCUUGCUCUGCCAGGGCUGUGAGCAGCACUGAGGCCAGCAGGGACUGUCCUUGGGGUGGCACAGAGCAGCUGUGCUGCCCAGCCUGGGCACUGGCUUGGCAGCACUGACAGCAGGCACUGCCAGGUGUGGGUUCAGGGUUCUUCUCUCCUUGAGGGAACCUCUUGGAAGCUGCACCUCGGUUUAUCUGUGAAUUGGAGGCAGAGACAAAGGCUGGAUGAUCCUGUGGCAGUGCAGUGCUGGGGAUAAAUUGGCUCAGAGCUGGUCUGAGGUGCAAACUAAGAGCUGCUUGUUCACAGCACGUUGGGGCCUGAUUCUCAUCCUGAACUACAUCUCCAUGCCUGCCAAAGUUUUUCUGCUGCUACACAGAAGGAUGUGUUUUCAGCAAAGGCUUCCAUGUGGAAGACUGAAAAAAAUUAAAUAAAAAGUAACUCCAAGCUUGGAAUGGUGUUGCCAGGGAGAAUGUUUACAAGGAAGCAGCCUGAUAAACAAGGAAAAGCGGUGAGUUGUAAAGAGGUGAAAUUGUACAGUGUGGCAACAAUUCCGAGCUUGUCAGAGCCUCACAGUGGUCACAGCCACCACAGGCUGACUGCAGAAUCUCCGUUUUUACAGGCAGCCUCAGGAAAGCAGGCUGGACUGAAAAAGUAACGGAAUUAUGUGGAACUUGUCUGAGUCACUGACCCUACAUCUCCACAAGUUCUUUCAGGGCACUGCUGUGAAGGAGGACCAAAGAGGCUGCAGCUGAGAGGAGAUCUGCCCUUUCUGGUCACCAAGGGUUUCAGAUCUCCUCCCCUAGCCUCUCCCAGUCUUUUGUACUUUCUGUGUUAAUCCAUCCAGUGCAGCACACACUGACAGAGGCAGGAGCUGGAAAGCCUGCUCUGAAAGUCUCUGAAUGCUGCUGGACCAGCUGCAGGCAUGAACCUGAAAACCGUGCUCAUCCUCCUCGGUCUGGCAUUAGCCACGAUCUUCGCUCUGGUCUGCGUGCUGCUGACCAGAGAAAGGACCCCCAGAAGCUGCCAGCACCUGCCCCCGGAGCAGGAGGACACGGAGGAUGGGCAGAGCCUGGUGUUUGCUGACCUGACAGCUGAGGAGAUGUCCCAGGUGGUGCUGUACCUGCGGGGCCACCUCGGGGUGCCGCUGGUGGACGCGUCCCGUGCCAAACCCUCGGAGAACUGCAUCGCCUGGCUGGAUCUGCAGGUGCCCGCCAAGGCAGAGGUGCUGCGGUUCCUGGACGGCGGCGGGGCUCGUCCCCCCCGGGAGGCUCUGGCCGUGCUGUACUUUGGGCAGCAGCCAGAGCCCAACAUCACCGAGUACGUGGUGGGGCCGCUGCCCGGGCCGGCGUACCACCGGGACGUGACGGUGCAGAAGUACGGGGGGAAGGUGCCCUACCACCGCAGAGCCGUCACCGGCAGCGAGUACGCCGAUAUCAACGCCCUCGUUCACAGGGAGCUCAAAAAGGCGCCGCGCUUCCUCGCCGCCUGCUGCGAGUCUGACGGGACCGACCUGGUCACCCUCACCACAGCCCCACGGGGCUUCAAGUCCGGUGACCGCCUCACCUGGUUUGUUCUUUUCCACAAUGUGCCUGGCACCGGCUACUACCUGUCCCCAGUGGGGCUGGAGGUGCUGGUGGACCAUGGGGACCUCCACGUCUCCCGGUGGCAGCUGCGCAAAGUCUUCUACAACGGCCGGUACUUUGCCAGCACGGGGGAUCUGGAGCAGGAGUUUGUGGCUGGCACACUGGAGGUGGUCAGGCUCAAGCAGCCCCAGGCUGAUGCAGUUCUGGGCUCAAUGAAGCCCCGGCGCCUGCCUGGGCCCCCGGGCCCGCUGCAGUUUGAGCCGCAGGGUCCCCGCUACAGCGUCAGGAACAACCACAUCACCUUCCAGGGCUGGAGCAUCGCCUUCGGCAUGAACCCCAACACCGGCCCGCGCCUCUUUGACAUCAGGUACCGCGGGGAGAGGAUUGUCUAUGAGCUGAGCCUGCAGGAAGCCUUAGCCCUGUACGGCUCCAACUGCCCGGGGGGAAUGUCCACCCGCUACCUGGACGGCAGCUUUGGCAUCGGCAGGUUUGCCUACGAGCUGGUGCGGGGCCUGGACUGCCCCUACACAGCGACCUACGUGGACCGGCACUACCUGGCAGAGACAGAUACUCCCAAAACCAACCAAAACUCCCUCUGCAUUUUUGAGCACGACUCUGCCCUCCCUCUGAGGCGCCACUUCUCCGACUCACAGUCCUUCUACUACGGCGGGCUGAGGAAAAACACGCUGGUCAUCCGCAGCAUCUCCACGCUCAUCAACUAUGACUACAUCUGGGACUUCAUGUUCCAUGCCAGCGGGGCCGUGGAGGUCCGGGUGCACGCCACUGGCUACAUCAGCUCCUCCUUCUUCCAUGGCCGAGGCACCGACUAUGGCAACAGGGUUGGGCCUCACACGCUGGGGACGAUGCACCUCCACCACAUCCACUACAAGGUGGACCUGGAUGUUGACGGGCAGCUGAACUCCGUGGAGACCCAGGAUAUGGAGUACGAGUUUGUCAGAGAUCCCUGGAGCACACAGAGCACCAUUGAGCGGCCAUACCUCCGCAGGGAAAGGCUGCAGAGGGAGGAUGAGGCAGCAUUCCCACUCCAUGUCCCCAUGCCCCGCUACCUCUCCUUUGUCAGCCCCAAUCCCAACAAGUGGGAGCACCCACGCAGCUACAGGAUCCAGAUCAUCAGCUUUGCUGGGAAGCACCUGCCCACCAACAGCUCCAUGGAACGCUCUGUCAGCUGGGGCAGGUACCAGCUGGCUGUCACCCGGAGGAAGGAGGAGGAGCCCACCAGCACCAGCAUCUACAACCAGAACGACCCCUGGACACCCACUGUGGCCUUUGCUGACUUCAUCAACAACGAGACCAUCACCAACGAGGACUUGGUUGCCUGGAUCACUGUGGGGUUCCUGCACAUCCCUCAUGCUGAAGACAUCCCCAACACAGUGACAGUGGGGAAUGGUGUUGGCUUUUUCCUGAGGCCCUACAACUACUUCAACGAGGACCCCUCAGUGGAUUCACCUGACAGUGUCUACUUCAGCAGUGAGCAGGAUGCUGGGGCAUGUGGGGACAAUCCCCUUGCCUGCCUGUCCCCUGCUGCCACCUGUGCCCCCCGCCUGCCCCCCUUCCACUUUGGGGGCUUCCUCAACCUCAGCCUGGCACCGCCUCUUGGCGGGCCCUGAUGGGCCAGGGGCUGCUGCUGCCUCUCGGGUGGGUGCUCAGAGGGUCUCUGUCCCACAGCAGGACCUGCCCUCCCCCUGCCCAGGGUGUCCUGUGCUCAGGGUCAGGUUUUGGGAGAAGCUCAGCUCUUGUUUCAUCACUGCCAGAGGAGGACCCAAAGCCUCUGAAAAGCAGCUGCUGGAAGUGAUUUUUUUGUUUCACCCUGGAUGUCACCCUGGGUACUGUGGGGUGCCCACAGCUGCUCCCCUCCUCCGGGAUGGGCUUCCACCACCUCCCCAUCGCUGCUGCACACAGGGGCACAGUGCUGGCCACAGCACAAAGCUGCAGCUGCCCUCGGAGCUGUGAUCCAGCUGAGGUUUUGCCCACAGUGGCAGGAGUGAGUGGUGUGGUGCUGCUGUGGAACUGCCACAGGAUGCCCAAAUCUCCUCCCCAGCCACACAGCCAUUGCAGCAUCGAGGGCCAGCAGGGCCAGCUCUGCAGAGGGAGGUGCUGCCCUGGGCUCACUGGGAGGCUGCUGGAGGAGCCCAUGGCUGCAGGAGCCCACGGCUGGGCCUCUGGAUGGGCACUGCCCGGGCUGGCUGCCCCGUGUGUGCCCUUCCCAAUAAACAAGCACUCGAGUGCUUCUCCUGAACAAACUCCCGGGUGCUGCUCUGUCUCCUGUGGCACGGCUGAAGCCCUGUUAGGGAUGGCACUGGCUCAGCUCUGUGGGGCUCCCAGGGCUGUGGGGCUGCCCCAGAGCCUGGCACCGUGCCUGGCAUGGCUGUGUGAGUUGUCCUGGCGAUGCUCCUGGACCCCGGUGCUGGCAGGAGGCUCCUGCCAGGGAAUAUGGAGCAAACAAGGGAGUUAAUGUUUAACAGUUGUUCUGAGCUGUGUUAAUCAGUCCUGGGCUUGGCUGCUGCCCAGCCUGCUCAGCCCCCCUGUGUGGGGACCCUUGAUUCCACACCCCUAGCUGCAUGUGCAGCUCUGGGCUGCAG